AUGGCCGCCCCUCACCCAGUAUCCCCCAGGACUACUACACCAAACUCUGGGAGUAGGACCAUGGAGGUCCGCCCUCAGCCUGUCCUGCGUCUGUCAGCACCUUCGGGCGUGCUCCGUCUGCGAGCGGAGCCCUCGCAACGUCGACACAUUCAAUGGGCGGAAGACGUGGUUGACAAUGAAGGCAUGGGGAAGAAAUCAUCCAAAGUCUGCUGCAUUUAUCACAAGCCCCGCGCUGCCGACGAGUCUUCCGACGAGGACUCUUCAGAUUCAUCAUCAGACUCAGAUUCAGACUCUGAGCCCGACAACAGCACCGCAAGACCUGCUGGAAGAAUUGGCGGUGCGCGCGGCAGACGGCCACAUCAGCACGAUGAUGGUUGUGAAGACGUCCACGAUCACGGCGAGGCCUCUAGUACCCCGCAAAAGCACAAACGUCAACGGAGGAAGCCAAGCCCGAAUGCUUACGAGAAGAUGCCGAAGCAGAAGAAGUGA